AUGAGGCUGUGGACACUCAAGAUUCUGAGGACACUACUGAUUGGAGAAAUGAUGACUUAGCCAAGGUUAAGGGACCUGAAAAAAGAGGGCGCAUUCGUUGUGUAGGAUUUACAAUCGUAAAGGAUAAACAAACUUCAUCCUCUCAACAAUCGCAAAUUCCUAUUCAAGACCCACAAGUGCCUAUCCUUCAAGCGCAAGUUUCUUCACUUUCAAGAAAGGUUGAUAUUCUGCUGGGUGCUUUCAAACAUAACAUGACUUCUGGCCAAUUUAGCGCAAUUCUCAACAGCUUGAGUAAUGAGGUUGUUAAUGGACCAACACCUACUAAUGAGCCAUCAUCAACUGGAAGUCAUCAUACUUAAGAAGUUAUUUGGAGAUCAAGCUUAUACACAUAUAGUUGUUUUUAUGGGCAAUUUCAAUUUGCAUCAUUGUGAACUUUAAGUUUUUUUUUUUGGACUUCUAUGGUGUAAGUUUGAGUAUGAAAGGAGUGUCUAGUUUCUGGAAAUAACUUUAGUUCUAUGGUACACGUAAGUUCUAACGUUU